GCUAAGAUGGCGGCGGCGGCGGCAGCCGUAGCGGGGGUGGGGCGCGGCGGAGGCGGUGGCACGGAGCCCCGGCAGGAGCGGAGCCGGGCUCGGAGCUGGACCGGUGCUGAGCGCAGCGAAGGCCGAAGGAUAGAGCCAGGUGAGGAGCUGGAAGAGGAGGACUCUCCAGGCGGCCGCGAGGAUGGCUUCACUGCUGAGCACCUGGCCGCCGAGGCCAUGGCAGCUGACAUGGACCCCUGGUUGGUGUUUGAUGCCCGCACCACACCUGCCUCCGAGCUGGAUGCCUGGUUGGCCAAGUACCCACCAUCCCAAGUUACCCGCUACGGAGACCCCAGCUCACCCAACUCUGAGCCCGUGGGCUGGAUUGCAGCAUAUGGGCAGGGCUACAGCCCCAACUCCGGCGACGUGCAAGGCCUGCAGGCAGCCUGGGAGGCUCUGCAGACCAGUGGGCGGCCCAUCACGCCAGCUACUCUGCGCCAGCUGGCCAUCACCCACCACGUGCUCUCAGGCAAGUGGCUGAUGCACCUGGCACCUGGAUUCAAGCUGGACCACGCCUGGGCUGGCAUUGCUCGGGCUGUGGUCGAGGGCCGGCUUCAGGUGGCCAAGGUGAGCCCACGGGCCAAGGAGGGGGGGCGCCAGGUCAUCUGUGUUUACACGGACGACUUCACGGACCGCUUGGGCGUGCUGGAGGCAGAUGCGGCCAUCCGCGCAGCAGGCAUCAAGUGCCUGCUCACCUACAAGCCUGACGUCUACACCUACCUAGGCAUCUACCGGGCCAACCGUUGGCACCUUUGCCCCACUCUCUAUGAGAGCCGUUUCCAGCUCGGGGGCAGUGCCCGUGGCUCCCGUGUGCUGGACCGCGCCAACAAUGUGGAACUGACCUAGUAGGGCGACAUGUGGAAGACCGCCCUCUGCGUCCCCUGCUAGGGAUGGAUCCUCCUGUCUGCCUCUUCCCUGUCCCAACGAGGCCAAGUCCCCCGGCUUUGAGGACUAGGUCACUCUGGAACGCCCCUGCAUCUUCACUCCCCUUGAACUUCUGCCCUCUGUUCAGGGCUGACUCAAGUCCCCAUCCUCUGGAGGCUCUGGCUCUCUGAGGGCUGGACCCUCAGCCUCUCUCUGCUGCUGCUCCCCUCUGCCAUCCAGGACCUCAGUCUGGGUGCAGACACCCAGGAGGAGAACCUUCCUCGGCCACCUCAUCCUUGGGUGUACCUUCCCCUCCUGCAUCCCCCACCUUCUCUUUGUCCCUCACAAGAGGGGAAACUUAGUGCUUCCAGUCCCUGUCCUUGGAGCCUUCACGGUCCAGGGUGCAGAGGCCCUGCAGGCCUGAGCAUGCCAUUGUUUUAGAUGGGGCAAUGACUGUACCCACUCAGCCCCUGGCAAAGACGGGGCGCCAGGGCCAUGGACAUGGGGUCUGCCUGUCCCUGUCACCUCACAGCCUGCACCGCCUUCCUGCCUUCCUUCACUACCUUGUCAUGUGCCUGCUCUUGGCAUUUCAAUAAAACCCAGC